AUGGCGCACCCUAUCGAGAACCUCAACGAGUUCAACCCCGAGGAGGCGGGCAACAUGCAGGAGAUUGAGAUGCAGUUUGCCGUCAAGACGGUCGAGCACCUCGAGGCAUAUGAGAAGCUUAUCACUGGCAUUCCCCCAAGCAAGAUCAAGCUUACUUCGAUGGACGAUGACAUCGUCGCCGACCUCUACACCCGCUUCCCGGAGUACAAGGAGAACCCCGGGCUACUCCUCCACAUCAACGAGGACGAGUUCAAGAGCCCCGCAAACAAGGUUCGGUGGCGCGAAUUUAUCCAAGGCUACCAGGAGAGCCUGACCGAGUACAACUUUGGCACGCUUGUGCGCAAGGACGCGGACCGUGGUUAUUCGGAGGAGAACAGCAUGCUCGUCACCCGCGCCCAGUUUGUCGCCAUCGAGAUUGUGCGCAACCGCAAUGGCCUCAACGACAAGGUGUACGAGGACGCGCAGGCAGCCAAGGCCAAGAAGUAGGCGGCUGGCGUACUGGCGUUGGGCGGAGAGAGAUGAGGAGACGGGCUGUCCCAACAUGGACCCCGGCCUGUCAGGCAUUAUAGAUAGACGCAGGAUAUCGGAUAUCUAAUAAUCCGUUGUAAUACCAUGCAGCAUGCACAUUGCAGCACUCAGUGCGUGCGGAAGGUGGCAC